AUGAUAAUUCGGUGGGAAAGUGGCAUUGAGAAGGAAACGUCGAAUAGUAUGAAGCCUCCCAUUGAAAAUGGAGCCAGUAUAGUCAACCCCAGAGUUAAGAAUAAUAGCAGUAGUGAUAAUAAAAGUAAGAGUAAGAAUAAAUAUAAUAAUAACGAUAACAAGAGUAGCAGUAGUAACAGUGAUGAGCUUCCCUUGGCAGACCAUCGGUCGAACGGGUUCGUGAACAAUCCGGGCUUGCUCCAUGAAAACGAGUUUUAUCCCAUGGACCCUACGAACUGUUGGACGCACGAUCCGGAGUCUGCUUCUCAACUAGCAUAUUGCUCUAUUGUGCUUCACGAAGAGAACGACCCGUUAUUGUACAAGGUUGUCAAGCAUGGGAUGCGGCACAUUCAGACGUUGUACCACUACGAUACGUGGCAAAAGUCUACUGAUUUUGGCAGUGAUGAUGCCAGUGCGGUGGUGUUGAGCGAGCUCAACAACGACGAGUUUUUCGACAUGGGUGACUUAACGAUAAUUGCUUGUGGCGAAGUGAAGGAGGCGACAGAGACAGGCUCCAUGGCAAAGCGGGAUAUCGAGAACGUGGAGGCUUACGUGUGCAAGUUAAACUUGCAAUACAACGAGGAACAUUUCAUCAGGCUUUUGCAAGUGGAGGAUAUUUUGUUCAGCGGGUUACAGUGGGAUUUCUUUACGUCAGAGAUGCGUAUCGGCUCGUACACGAGCUUGCAAGUGGUAGAGAGACUCAAACGAACGAAUGUUGCACCCUGGUCGCAACGGGAGUUCCAGCUCCCCUGGUUAGAUAAGGAGAUCAUGGCAGAGGAAAGGGUUGUGGCCAUGCGUCCGGUGCCAAAAGCAAAGCAGCUGCCACUGCAGCUGCUGCUAAAAACGUCAUUAGCAAAGUCGAAGCAAAUUACAAAGUCGAGGCCAAUUACAAAGCCAAUUACAAAGCCAAGUCCUAUGACAAAGCCAAACCCAAUGCCAAAGCCAAUGAAAAUGCCAAUGCCAAACCCCAUGGCAAAGGCAACCCCCAUGGCAAUUACAAUCCCCAUUGAGAAACCAAUGGAAACACGCAUGGAGCUACCCUGGAUGCAGCCGGCCCUAGCCCCACCUCUGCCCCCGCCGCUGCAGGUGCCAAUGCAGGUGCCAAUGCCUCUGCCUCUGCCGCUGCCGCUGCCCAGACUUACGGAGCAUCACGAAAGCGUCGACGAGACGCUUAGGUUCUUGGACUCGAUGAUCGAACUCGAAAGCCAGCUGAACAACUCAUUGAACCCCAUCCUCAUGGGCAAGGGCAGCAACGAUAUCUACAUAUCGGACUCAGAAUUGUCGAAAAUAUUCGACCUUCAUGUUUCCAACAAAUCGUCGCUCUCGAUGGGGGACUCUCGUUCGAGUACAAGAGGCUCGCAGUCGCUAGGCACUCCACAAUUGCACCAAGAUAAUUUUUACCUAUAUAACAAUACAAAUAGCUAG